CUGUUUCGUAAAAUUUAAAAGCACUAGUUGUGUAAGGUGGAGAAUUUUUGCCAAGUGGUGAUAUAAAAAGGCUUUGAAUGCAUUCACACUUCACAGCAAAGCCGGAUCUUCUCCAUCUCCAGACACGGACGGAGCAGGCAGGUUGCAGUGAUGCAGGUUUUAGGUCUGUUGGUCCUCCUGGUUGGACUCUGGGAUCAGUCCAACACCCAGAACUUGGAGCCCAUGUUUCAGGAUGUGACACAGACGCUGCUUCCUCCUGACAGUCUGAACAACCCAACACAACUUAACUACGGGAUGGCUGUCACAGACGUGGACGGGGAUGGUGACCUGGAGGUGGUGGUGGCAGGGUACAAUGGGCCAAACCUUGUGCUGAAGUAUGACCGCACACAAAACAAGCUGGUAAACAUCGCCAUUGAUGACGCCAAUUCUCCGUACUACGCCCUGAGGGACACAGGAGGAAUGGCUAUUGGAGUAACUGCUUGUGAUGUGGAUGGAGAUGGACGUGAGGAGAUCUUCUUCCUCAACACAAAUGGCGCCUACUCUGGGCGGGCAACUUAUUUAGACAAGCUCUUCAAGUUCCGCAACGGGCGCUAUGAAGAUCUUGUGAGUGAUGAGCUCAAUGUGCGUAGAGGCGUUGCUAAACGCAGAGCGGGGCGUUCUGUGGCGUGUGUUGACAGGAAGGGAACAGGCCGUUACGCCAUCUAUGUUGCCAACUAUGCCAAUGGCAGAAUCGGUGCUCAUGCUCUCUUGGAAAUGGAUGAGUCCGCCAGUGAUGUGACCAACGGGGUCAUCGCUCUGUCAGACGUGGCUGCCGAGGCCGGGGUUAACAAGUUGACAGGAGGGCGUGGAGUGACGGUGGGGCCGAUCCUGAGCGAGUUCAGGUCUGAUGUGUUUUGUGACAAUGAGAAUGGACCCAACUUCCUGUUCAGGAAUAAAGGAGAUGGGACUUUUGAGGAAGUGGCUCGACAGUCAGGGGUGGAAGACGCCUACGAGCAUGGCCGAGGUUUGGCACUCGCAGACUUCAAUGGUGACGGAAAGACAGAUAUCGUGUAUGGCAACUGGAACGGCCCACACAGACUUUACCUGCAGAGGAGCAACUCUAAAUUCCAAGACGUAGCCACCACAGCAUUCGCUUCUCCCUCACCCAUACGCACGGUCAUCGCUGCAGACUUUGACAACGACAAGGAGCUGGAGGUGUUUUUCAACAACAUCGCUUACAACGGAUUCUCCCCGAACAGAGUGUUCAGGGUGUCAAGGAGAGCAGGCGCAGACCCUUUAAUCCAGGCGCUCAACGUGGGAGAUGCUGCAGAGCCACAGGGACGAGGAACAGGUGGCACUGUGACAGACUUGGAUGGGGACGGACAACUGGACCUGCUGCUGACACAUGGAGAGAGCGCCCAGCAGCCAAUCUCUGUCUUUAAGGUCACACAGGGCUCAUCCAACAACUGGCUGCGGGUCAUCCCUCGUACCCAGUUUGGGGCUUUUGCUCGGGGAGCCAAGGUGACGGCCUUCACCAGUCAGAGCGGGGCUCACACACGCAUCAUCGACGGAGGCUCGGGGUACCUGUGUGAGAUGGAGCCUGUCGCCCACUUUGGUUUAGGAAACGAUCAGGUGACGGUGCUCCAGGUCUCCUGGCCUGACGGCAGCUUCUUCACUCGCACCGUGCAGCCUGUUGAGAUGAACUCGGUGCUGGAAGUGGCCUAUCCCACAGAGGGGGGGGCGGCUGUGCUUGCCAAUGACACGCAGUGUGGCCAAGGUUUCACUGUCAGGAAUGGCCGCUGUGCAGAUCUGUGAGGAUUGUCAAACAGAAGUCAAUAGAACCUUUCCGGGGGAAACAUGACAUGAUUUUAAAAUUCUUUUUUUUGAUGUGUGCUUCAAGCAAAGGCCUUUUCUUCUUUACUCUAUGAGUAGUUUUUAAACUUUAGUGUUGUUAUUUGUUUUUCUUGAACUUUUCUGUAUUAAAUGUUGCUUCCUCUGGGUCAUGGUUAUUGUUUUUUCUGCACUGCUACAAACACCUCAAAUGGUUAUGGUCAGAUUAUCAAUUCAUGGAAACAAGAUUUAAAAAUGCACUCAGCUUUCACAAAAACAUGCACCUACCUGAAUAUGACAUCUAACCUGUUUUAAUACAAAGAAAAAAUGAUCCCUUAUCUCCUAUUCUUAUCAUUCUUCCUGAAGACCACCAUCUCCAUCAGUGUCCUUUAUCUGAGCUGUGUUGUCUUGAUCUCUUACUUCCUGUUUCCCCUCCUUGUUCUCUCUGUUUCCGUUCCUCAAUCGAUGCAGCGCUGGCUCCGUUUUAUGAUGGUCUCCGCUCGGCCUCUGUGACCGCCUUUGAAGCCUCCUCAUGUAGGGCAGUUUUGCUGCACUCAGUCAUGGCGCUCUCUGCUCUGGCCCAUUUCAGGGGAUGGUUGUCUUGAGGUUAACAAUGAUGCAGUGAGUCAGAGUCUCCUCAGCGCUGCAUGCCUUUGUCAAGCUAAAAGACUUCCUGUGACGUGCAGGAACAGAGGUACAGUUAGUGCACACACUCAGCUUGGACUUGAGCACUGGUGAGCUGGAUGCAUGCAUUAGUCCCCCUUUUAUAAGACUGAAGACUUGUGACCAGUAUCAUGGCCUGGAUGGAUCUGUAUCAGUGCAGGGAUGAAUAUUCUGUUGAGCAUGUAUGCAAACAUGAAGAUUUUCUGACCAAAGCAUGACAAACUGCAUAUUUUAAAAACAAUUAAAAGCCUUUUCUUUACAACA